AUGGAUAUUGAAAUUGAAUCAGCCGAUGUAGUACGUUUAGUGGAACAAUACCUGAAGGAGAGUAAUCUCCUACGAACAUUACGUACACUACAGGAAGAAACACGAGUCUCAUUGAAUACUGUUGAAUCGAUUGAAAGUUUUGUAUCAGAUAUUACUAAUGGUCAUUGGGAUGUUGUCCUACAGACUGUACAAUAUUUAAAGCUACCUGAACAGAAAUUAAUCGAUUUAUAUGAACAAAUUGUUAUAGAAUUAAUCGAACUGCGUGAUAUCGGUGCAGCUAGAUCGAUACUUCGACAAACUGAGCCUAUGAUUCAAAUGAAACAUAAUCAACCUGAACGAUAUACACAUUUGGAGAAUCUUUUAAAUCAUUCGUAUUUUGAUCCUAGAGAGGCUUAUCCAGAUGGUCAAACUAAAGAUAAGCGUAGACAAGCCUUGGCUACAUCACUGUCAGAAGAAGUUAGUAUUGUUGCACCAUCACGUCUGCUGGCUUUACUUAGUCAAGCGCUGAAAUGGCAACAACAUCAAGGUCUACUACCAUCUGGCACCGCAAUAGAUGUAUUUCGUGGGAAAGCUGCUGUACGUGAACAAGAAGAAGAGAAGCCACCGACAAAAUUGUCUACUGUUAUCCGAGUCGUUCAAAAAUGUCAUGUAGAAUGUGCCAGAUUUAGUCCAGAUGGCCAAUUCUUGGUAACUGGUUCAGUCGAUGGAUUUAUAGAAGUUUGGAAUUUUACAACUGGAAAGUUACGUAAAGAUUUGAAAUAUCAAGCUCAGGAUACCUUUAUGAUGAUGGAAGACAGUGUCUUGUGUUUAACAUUUAGUCGUGAUUCAGAAAUGUUGGCAUCUGGGGCAAAAGAUGGCACAAUUAAAGUAUGGCGUAUACAAAAUGGUCAAUGUUUGAGACGUUUAGAGAAAGCUCAUCAUAAAGGCGUUACAGCCAUCCAAUUUUCUAAGGAUAAUACACAUUUAUUAUCAGCUAGUCUAGAUCAUAGUAUUCGAAUUCACGGGAUGAAAUCAUGUAAAAUAAUUAAAGAAUUCACUGGACAUACAGGAGUUGUUAAUUCUGUGGCAUUUCUACCUGAUGGACAUACUAUUAUUAGCGGGAGCGCUGAUGGCUCUGUACGCAUAUGGUCUGUUCGUUCUGGAGAGUGCACGCACACAUUUAAAGCAAUUUCUGGUCUCAUUGGUCAUGAAGUAUCCAUUCAUUCAGUUCAUUUAAUGCCUCGUAAUACUGAUCAAUUUGUAGUAGCAAGUCGGUCUAAUACAGUUGCAAUAAUGAAUAUGCAAGGACAGAUUGUUCGAAGUUUCUCUAGUGGUAAACGUGAAGGUGGUGAUUUUCUUGAUUGUACAGUGAGUGGACGAGGGGAAUGGAUAUAUUGUGUAGCUGAAGAUCAUUUAUUGUAUUGCUUCAAUGUUGCAGCCGGUGGUAAACUGGAACGUACUAUGCGGAUUCAUGAAAAAGAAGUUAUUGGUUGUGCACAUCAUCCUCAUCAAAAUCUGAUUGCCACCUACUCAGAAGAUGGCUUGGUUAAGCUUUGGAAACCAUGA